CCAGCGUUUUCAGCACCACCUUGAUCCACGCUCCGCCGGCACUCGUCUUGUCUUUUCCUCAUCACCACCAGCACAACAGCCAGUCGUCACCAUGGCCCGAGGAAUCAAGAAGCACCAGAAGCGCCUCAGCGCGCCGUCGCACUGGCUGCUGGACAAGCUGUCCGGCGUGUACGCGCCCAAGCCGUCGGCUGGUCCGCACAAGCUCCGCGACUGCAUGCCGCUCAUCGUCUUCAUCCGCAACCGCCUCAAGUACGCGCUCAACUACCGCGAGACCAAGGCCAUCCUCAUGCAGCGCCUGGUCAAGGUCGACGGCAAGGUCCGCACCGACAUGACGUACCCGGCCGGCUUCAUGGACGUCAUCACCAUCGACAAGACGGGCGAGAACUUCCGCCUCGUCUACGACACCAAGGGCCGCUUCACCGUCCACCGCAUCCAGGCCGAGGAGGCCGAGUACAAGCUCGGCAAGGUCAAGCGCGUCCAGCUCGGCCGCGGUGGAAUCCCAUUCUUGGUCACGCACGAUGCGAGAACCAUCCGCUACCCUGAUCCCGCCAUCAAGGUCAACGACACUGUCAAGAUUGACCUGAGCACCGGCAAGAUCUCCGACUUCAUCAAGUUCGACACUGGCGCCGUCGCCAUGGUCACUGGUGGUCGCAACAUGGGCCGUGUCGGUGUCAUCACCCACCGCGAGCGCCAUGACGGUGGCUUCAACAUCGUCCACAUCAAGGACGCCAUCGACAACAGCUUCGCUACCCGUGAGAGCAACGUCUUCGUCAUCGGCCAGGACAAGCCCUGGAUCUCCCUGCCCAAGGGCAAGGGCGUCAAGCUCACCAUCGCCGAGGAGCGCGACCGCCGCCGUGCCUACACCACCUCCCACUAAGAGUGUGGCCCUCUCUUCAAUCGGAAAAUGGCAUGUGGACUGGCGUCUCGGGUUUUUUUGACGUUUUCGUUUUAUUGAGGGUCCCAAUGACUACUACCACCCCGGAGAUAGCCAGCCCCCAAGGGGCUAAUGACAAAAGACUAAGAAAUUUGAGCCAAAAGCUGCAGCCUGCCG